ACAAACGCACUUCUGCAGAUCGGAGAGCGUUUCAUUUCAACGUGGAUCGCAGAUCUCGAGCCGCAUAUUAAAUAUUUCUCUCAGUAUCAUAAAUACAAUUUCCAAUAUUGAUAAAUUGAUGAUGAAAAAUAUGUCUGCUCCGACAUUGAAGGGUUUUUAAUUGCUUGGUAACUGUCAUUGCUGUUGGAGAAUUUAUAUUUAUUUUUUCGAUAAAAAUGAUUUAUUGUGUUGGAAUAGUAAUGAUUUGCGUUGUGAUGCAGGUGGGAUGCACCGAGCCUAGUACAGAUAAUCCAAUCGUUCUUGCACUAGCUGGUAAAGAUGCAGUCAUACCAUGCAACGUACCGACUCCGCUAAAAGAUGACGAAGCAUCUCUUAUAUUAUGGUACAGACUAGGCAAGCCAAAUCCCUUUUAUACAUUGGAUAUCAGGAACGUUCCUAUGAUAAAAGCUCAACAUUUUCCGUCCCCAGAGAUGAAGGACCGAGUUUAUUUUAACAUCGAUGUUCAUCCACCCGUUUUAGUCUUGAAAGCGGUUGUUCCUGCUGAUGAAGCAGACUACAAGUGUCGUGUGGAUUUAAGACGUUCGAGGACUCUAAUACUUCAAAGUAGAUUGAAAAUUAUAGUGCCACCUGAAGAACCUAUUAUAAUGGAUGAACAUGGACAAAGAUUAAUAGACAUAAUUGGGCCGUAUGAUGAAGGAUCCACAGUUACAUUUAUUUGUGAUGUAGAUGGAGGUGAUCCAACUCCGUCUGUGACAUGGUGGAAGGGAGAUUCUCUCAUAGACGUCGACUUUAACGUUACAAAAAGAGGUUUUGUUCGCAACGAAUUGAUUUUGACUGACAUCAGACGCACAGAUAUAAUGGACGAAUACAGCUGCAGGGCAUCGAAUACAAAUUUGACGAAACCGAAAGUGGCAGAGGUGCAAUUGGAUAUGAACUUGUAUCCUCUAGAUAUCAAUAUCGCUGGUCAAAAUGCUCCAUUGCUGGCCGGAGAAGAGUAUUCCUUCAAGUGCAUCGCGAAAGGAUCCAAACCUUCUGCUAUCACAAGUUGGUGGCUGGAUGGUUCAAAAAUCACAUCAGGCAUACAUGAAGUUUUUAAUGAAACUGAAUAUAUAACCGAAAAUGAUUUAACAUUGUCUCCUACAAUAGAAGAUGAUAGAAAAACACUAACCUGCAAAGCUGCUAAUCCAGCUAUAUCAAAGUCAACUAUACAGACGCAACAGCUACUUCAAGUACAUUAUUUUCCUAUUUUAAGUUUAAGUCUCAGCAGCAGUAGCAAUGAUUCAACCAUCAAGGAGGGAGAUGAUGUAUUUUUCAAUUGCAAAGUUAAAGCCAAUCCAUGGAUUUUCAACUUGUCUUGGGAGUUUGAACAAAGUAUUCUACAGCCAAAUAUUUCCUCAGGUAUUAUCUUAGGAAAUCAAACUUUGUGGAUUAAACAAGCCAGUAGGAACCACAAUGGCACGUAUCGCUGUUGGGCAAGUAACGACAUUGGACGAGCCUCUAGCAACUACUUGCAUUUAAUUGUUCAUUUUACACCCGUUUGUGUCGCUUCAAAAUCUGUUAUUUAUGCUUUGAGUUCAACUGAGCUUAUAAAUGUCACGUGUGCUACUGAUUCUUAUCCUGAAGUCUUAUCAUAUAAGUGGGUUUUAGUCAACUCUGAAGGAACUUUUCUACAGCAGAACUGGAGUCAAGGUGCUAUAAAUAGAACUUUCAAAUACUCUUUGAAAUCGGAGUCAGACCAGGGCACAUUGCACUGUUGGUCACGUAACAGUGUCGGCGUUCAAAAGAACCCUUGCCAAUUUCAUAUAUACACUGCAAGUGCUCCUGACCCACCUAAAGAUUGUGUUCUCAUUAAUCAAACAAUGCAUCAAAUUUCGGUUUUUUGUAAAGCAAGCAACAGCAGUGGAUUUCAACAAACAUUCCACAUUGAAGUGUAUAAUUCCUUAACCGAAACAAUCGUGAAAAAUGUAACAGAAUGGUCACAACCUGUAUUCGAAAUCAUCAAUUUACAUCCAAGCACUUCAUAUCUUCUCAUAAUUUAUUCCUCAAAUGUAAAAGGAAAAAGCAAAUCUGUAGCGCUUGUUGCUUCCACUCUCACACCUGCAGAAAGAAGAACAGCUCAAGAAAAUUCCAUUGACAUAAAUCUUCUGAUACCAAUCCUCUUCGGGGCAGGUGCCCUCUUUCUAUUACUGACUGUCAUGAUUGCUUUCUUUGUAGUUGCUCAUAAGCUGAGACACAAUCGGCACAAAGAAUCAACGAAACAAGAGAUAGCAACCGAAUGUGAAGGAAUAAAGAAGGAUUUCGAAGAAGCACCAGAUUCUAAUGAAAAGGGUCCCGACAUAAUUCCUUUAUCAGUGGAUUCAGACGUUUUCUAUAUGAGUGGAAAAAUAGAAGAAGUUGUAUCGUCACCAAAACUGGAUUCUCCAUCUACAACAUUUGUUCGUCACAAAUUCAAACAUACUGUAUUAUAGCACCAUUAAACGCUUUAGAUAUGCAAGAUUGUUUUAAAUUUUGCAUUCUUAACACCAUAAGUGCAAACUUCUAACAUUUCUUUCAUCUACAUCAUCAAGCUCCCAGUAACGAUGAUUCUGAUUAUGUCUCAAGUAUCAAAUCUUUGAACGACGAAUAAAAACGGAAGUGAUGAAAAAACCGAACCUAACUGCUUGAACAAAGUAAAAUACAGACUAAAUACUUCGUAAAUUUUAAAGAGUAAAGGGGAAAGAAGCACAUUUU